GGGACUUUAAAAUUAUUGUACUUCCCUGAUAACUGCAAGGUGCUUCGUAACUACACAAUCAAAACAACUUAUUAAACGGUAGAUUACUUAAAUAUGAAUUUCAGAAUUGGAUAAUAUGCGACAUUGGUCCAUCUGAAUCAAAAUUCAACAUCAGAUAUACUUUGGAUUGCUAGAAAUCAACGACUAUUCGGUUGCUAACCACGCGAUUUCAUCGACUGCUUCUCAACAACGGAAGUGCAUAAAAUUAAUUGCUUUGGUUCUAAUCAGAACAUAGCACUAAAAUGAGUACCAUGGUAGAUAAUAGAUGGGAUCCUAUUCUUCAGAACCAACAAGGACCAAUAACUUCUGGCUAUGUUAGUAAUAGUGAUAUUAGACAAAGAGAAAGAAAAGAUCAAAUUAAAUGGGAAAGACAAAGAGAGUAUGAAGACCUGAUGAAUAAGCCAGGGGAACCAGAGCAAGGCCAACAACAACAGCGAACCCCACCAGUAUAUUAUAAAACAGGAGCAGCAGGAAAUAGUUUACCAUUAGGGAGUUACGAGGAAUCCCGUAGGACUUUAGAUGAUCAGCGCCAACAAGAGUACAAUCAAUUUGUAGCCCAGAAAAAAGAUACAGAAAACAAAAGGAGAGAAGAAUUGUACAGAAACUCUCAACAAAAUUAUAGACCUCCACCUGAGCCAGAAAUGUAUGAUCACGGUCAGAUAGCAAAAGACCUCAGAGAAGAACGGCAAAAGGAAUAUAAUGAUUAUCUUAAACAGAAAAUAUCAGAGGAACACUCUCGUAUCAAACACCGACAUAGAUACACACCAGCUGGUGGGCUACCUAUAGGGCAGUACGACCUCCAAAGGAAAAGACUUAGAGAUGAACUCAGUCGUGAUUACAAACAGUCUUUACUCAAGCAAAGACAAGAUCAGUUGGUAUUUAGGGCAAAGGAAUUUCAACUGGAUUCAGCCCCUGAAUAUCUGGGCAACUUAAACGAGGAGAGACCUCUUGUAGGCUCUCCACGAAAUUCUUAUGAGAUUCCAAGAUAUCAGAGAGAGCAGGAAAUUCACACUAGACGACAAAUACCACCGACUCCACCUGGUGGUCUGAAUAUUGCCACAGAACAAGAAAGAAAAAGGGUAGAAGAUUUAAAGAAAACAAUGUACAGAGAUGAACUCUUAAAGCAACAAAAAGAACAGUUAUAUAACAGAGCAACACAGCAAGGGGAAGUUUCUGUAAUAAACAGAUCGUCACCCACUCAGGCUCCACCAAACCAAAUAUCUCCUAGAGGUAGACCACCUCCACAUCCAGACUCAGGUAGAAGGAGAGGACCACCACCUCCACAGAACGACAGAAUGGAUAAAUCCAGAGAGACUCCGAACUACUGGAAUGAAGGUCGACAAGCUCCGUCUCCUAAAUCUGUAGAAUCAGAUAGCAAAAAUGUUCAACCUAAAAAUGGUGAAUCUGAAACAAAAAACAAACAGCCUAUGGAAAGUCACAGACCCCAGGAAGGAGAGCUGAGGACUGGCUUCUUUGAUGACAGAAGACAGAGUCCCUUAAACAGAGAUGAAAGGCACCAAGAUUAUCAACAGUUUUUAGCAAAUAAACAGAGAGAGGAUGAUAUGAGACAUCAGAGAUUAGAGGACCAACGACACGCACCACAUCUGGAUUUAUCAAAGGGAGAUUACUAUGAUGCUGAAACAUAUGAACGAAAGCGACAGUCUUUAAAUUCAGAGAGAAAGAAUGAUUACCAGAAUUUCCUUUCAAAGCAAAAGGAGAACAAACCUCCAAUGUCUCAAGUUAAAGAAACUGAAGAUUUUCAAACAGAAAGACGCCAUGUUUUAGCUGAAGAAAGAAACCGAGAAUACAAUGAGUUUUUAGAACAGAAACGAAAAAUGAGACCUAUAACAAGUGACAUGGGCGGGAUAACUUACGCAUCUAAUUACAAGAAAGAUACCCGGCCUCAUUCUGACAGGAUCUUGUCCCUUUAUAAAGCUUUACCACCUGAUCAGAGGUCAGAUAUGAGAUUAAGACCAGUGACCCCUGAUCAUUGGUCAGCUAGUUUAAGUAUCAAUGAAGAUGCCAAGACGGCCAGAAAAAUGUCAAUGAAUAUGGAACGGAAAAGAGAAUAUAACAAUUACUUAAAAACCCAAAGCAGUAAAAAGCCACAGGGAUUGACAAAGGAGAACACUCCACAAGGCUAUGGCAGUCUUCAUUUCAAUGAAGAAUAUAGCGAAAGACGUGAAAUAGCACAGAAGCAGGCUCUCAAUGAGGAAUAUAACCAAUACCUUACAAAGGAAGGUUUGAAAGAUGAAAAAGUUGAACCUCUGCAAUUGGAGGAAGAUUUUCAGACUAGACGACAAAAAGAACUUGCCAUGGAAAGGCAUCAGGAUUUUGUAGAUUUUUUGGAGAAGAUGAGUAACAGACAGAACAUGAUAGCAGAUAAAUUAUUUACAAAUCGUCCUUCAUAUAGGCAGUAUACACCAGAAAGUCUUCAGGGGUUACCGAUAGGUCAGACACGAUACGAUCAUCAGAAACGACAACAAGAAGUACAACGAAACAGAGAAUAUAACGAACAUUUAGCUAAGAAAGGAGAGAAGAUUGGAAUGGAAGAUGAAUUACUGACGAGACGUGAUAUGACCUUGAAGAAAUACAUGGAAGAUCAAGUUAAGAGUGAAAUGCAUGACAAGAAGUCACCAGAACAGGGAAGAAGGGAGUGGAUAGAUACUUCCGGUCCUAAAGGAAUUAUUGCAGGGGUCGAUUCAUAUAACUAUGAUAAACGUAAAACAUUUGCUGAGGAACGUAAAAAAGAAUAUAAAGAUAUCAUGGAAAAGAAAGCAGGUGCUUCUUCCACAAAAGUAGAGGUCGAGGAACCAGUUCAAGAACAGGAGCCAGCUUUAGAACGGAAACCUACCACACCUAUUAACCUUAAUGCUGUGAAGAUUUUCCCUGUGGGAUCAGGUUAUACCAGAAGACAACGUGAAUUACAAGCAGAAAGAAAGAAAAAUUUCAAAGACUUUGCUGAAAAGAAAAAUGAAAUCUAUAAAAAGCAGCAAGAAAACCGUGAGAGUUUUCGUGAAAUGUUAGAUCGUGAACUCAUGGAGUCGCCACCUAUAAUACCUAUUGGUGAAUAUGACACAAAGAAACGUCAGUUCAAACAAGAAGCCCACCAAGAAAUGGUCAAUUUCCUUGAACGGCAACCCCAUGGCAACAGAGAUAAAGAGUUUUGGAAUAAAGUUACAAAGCCGAGAAUACUUCCUCAGUCUGGUGAAUAUAAAAACCGUAAACAAAAGCUGAAUGAUGAGCUACGUAAAGACUGGCGUGAUUUUGUUCUUAAGCAAGAACCUCCUAGAGAAAGAAUUAAAGAGUUUGGUACCCCUGGUGCAGUAUUGUUCACAGGGGAGUAUGAAAAAACACGUCAGAAAGUGAGAGACGAGAGGACAAAAGAUUAUCAUGAGUUUAUACAGAAACAUGGCGGCCAUGCUCCUCGACGAAUGCCAGACCAAGCACCAGCUAACAGUAUUGGUUUUAUGGCUAACCUUGGAUUUCAUGAUAGGGAGAGAGAAAAAUUAAAUAAAGAAAGACAGGGAGAAUACAGGAAGUUCUUAGAUGAGAAAGCUUUUGGUAAAGAAGGCAUGCCGCGGGGUCGACCUAACUGGGUAGAUGGAAAGGUACCUCCUGAUAGUUGGUUCCAGCAGGAUCCUCCACCAUUUCACAAAAGUCCUGUAAGGGACCAGGAACCUCCAAGAGAUCGUCCAGCAAGUUAUGGCAGAAGGCAAACUCCAUCAUAUGAGGAAAUUUUAGACUCAAAGCGAAGAGAGGAAGCUUCAUACAGACGAUUUGAAGAUCCAGAAUACUCGAGGGCUGGUGGAUUAGGUGGACCAAAUGACAGAUAUGACUAAUGGUAUUCCUGUAAAAUAAUAGAUGCUCAUCACCAUAGCAACAACAUUAAUUAUAAUGACCCAGCAACCAAAUAAAUAGGGAUGACUUAGCAACAACAAAACUGUGAUAUUUAUGUCCAAUAUUAUGUGAUAUUUGAAUUUAUUUAACCAAGAAAAUAAGGAUGGAUAGCUCUCUUGUAUUAUAUAUAUGACAAUGUUUUAUUUAGCCAGAGGAUUAUCACGUCUUUUAUACUAAUACAUAGUACAGAUGAAACAUAAACUUGGAUUUUCAUAAAUGAAAUUGAAUACACAUUUAUUUAUUAAAAAGUAAAAACAGUAUGUAGAUUUACAAUUUAGAAGUAGAAAUGAAACACAUAGUUACAAUAGUGAUUUAAUUGUAUUAAGAAACACAGAAAAUUUGUGCCAAAUUAUCAUUUCUAUUAUACAUAUUAAAGUAAAAAGUUGUGUAAAAUAAUUAAUUUACAUCAAGAAUGAAAUUUUGUUAUUCCUUCUAAUUUCAUUUAUUUGAAAUGUAUAGAUUUUUUAUGAUUAUGCAUUAUUACAAACACUGAAUUAAUUAUUUUAAAAUUUAGAUAAAUAUCUUACAUUAAGAUUCGAACAAUACCUUUUCAAUAAUUAAUUGGUUUUAUAUUCUGUUAUCUUUAUGACUUCAGUUUCGUUUUUUGAAGGUAUAGGUUAUUUUGAUUUAAUUUUAUCAUACCAAACAAAAGAAAUUUAUAGAUAAGCACAAAUCAGACAAUUUUAAUUGAUUUUCUUUAGAUAUUUAUUUAGUUUUUAGGUCUGUCUCUUAAAAAUAGAUGUGUUUGCUACAUUGUAACAUAAUAUCACACAUACUAUUUUAUAUUAUUUCACAUUUUUCUAUGAUUAUAUUUUUAUAUAUCAUACUUUUAUUUUUAUAUAUAUUUAAUUUAUUAUCAAUAUCCGUCCAUAUUUUUGCCAUAUUGAAAGGUAUUUUUAUGUCAUAAUAGUAAUUUCAGUAUUUCAUUAUUCGUUGGUCUCUUCAUUUCAAUUCUUGUGUUUUACAAGAUGGUUUUUAAUUAUUCAAACACUUCUGCAAGUUUAUUCUGAUUAUUUUGUUUUUUUGUCUUUGUAUAUUAAUGUUAAGACUGUAUGUGUGUCUAAUAUUGUUGUCUUGGGUUUAUUAAUAUUUUUACAAUUGUUGUUAUAACAAAGACUUAAUUAUCAUUGCCAGAGAUAGCUGAUAUGUCAGAUUAAGGUUUUGAUAACAUUGAAUGUUGAAGAUACUUUUUUUGUUUAAAGUUUAAAGUAUAUGGAGUGAUAAAUAUCUGACAGAUUUAUGGAAGAUUAAAGUCAAUAUUUCUAUAUUUAAAAGUAAGAUGCAAAUUUACAUACAUAAUUUGGAAACAAGAAUAAUUCUGGUUUGAAAUUUCACAUCAAAGGAUAUAAUAAAUUUUCAGAUUAAUAGUUAUAGUAUGACAAAAUUUUGUUAAUUCUUUUUUAAAAUUCUUUUUCUGUUUAUUGGAUCAAAAACUUGCAACUCAUAUUCUACUUGGUAUAUUAAUAAAACUUGCCAAUUGUAAUUUGAAUACAUUUUAUGUUGAUGUCACUGUGACCUACUUUAAUGUUUGAACUUUUUGGGUCUGGGUAUAAGUGUUUCUAUAGUGCUAGAUAUAUGUUGUAGCCUCAGUGCUACACCUCUUAUUUAUUUGUAUAAGAUAGAAUUAUGAAGAAAUAAAAUGUUUUCAUAUCUUUUAAA